UGAUCCCGCAUCUCCGCUUGUAUAUCUGAACGGAUAUCUGAAUUCGGAAGAUUUUUUUUAAACAUCUGGAUUCGACUCAUCGAUUUGGAUUGGUUCUCAGGAACGAUUUAUUAGCGUCAAUAGCAGCUGUUGCCGAUAGCGUAUUUGCUACGCUAAAAGGGAUCUCGCCAGGAACUUUGGACUGAGGUAGCGGUGCUGACAUGUUGCUCAUCAGAGGGUUGAGUGAUCAACUGUAGCCCGGCGCUGCGGCAUCGGACGAGGGGAAACAAACCGCCUGUUAUUACUAGUUUGUCGGGCGACCAACCAACCGCAACGCGGUGUGGUUUUAACCUACAACGUUUAGCCAAGUUGCUGAAGAAGGAACAAAAUGUCUGCCAGGGCUGCUUCUAAUAAGAGUGCAGCAAUGGAGGAGACAGUAAUAUGGGAACAGCACACAGUAACUCUACACAGGGCUCCAGGGUUUGGGUUUGGAAUUGCUAUCUCAGGUGGAAGGGAUAACCCUCACUUCCAGAGUGGAGAGACCUCCAUAGUCAUCUCAGACGUGCUGAAGGGAGGUCCGGCAGAAGGCCUGCUGCAGGAAAAUGACAGGGUUGUAAUGGUCAACUCAGUCUCUAUGGAUAAUGUGGAGCAUGCAUAUGCAGUGCAGCAGCUACGGAAAAGUGGGAAAAAUGCAAAAAUAACCAUCAGACGAAAGCGGAAGGUCCAGGUCAACAUGGGGAAUCACGGAGAUCGUGAAAUCAUGUCAGAACACGACGAAGACGAGGACAGCUACGAGGAAGAGAUCUAUGAAUCACGGAGUGGGCGUAGCGGCUACGGCGGGGGCGGGGCUACAGGCAGGCGCAGUGCGAGGGGAGAGAGGCAGGGCAACAGAAGGGAGCGGGACAGAGAGCGCAGCGCGUCCAGGGAACGAAGUCUAUCCCCGCGCUCAGACCGCCACUCUGUCUCCUCCAACCUACCUUCCCGGCCAGCCAAGGUCACGCUCGUCAAGUCCCGCAAGAAUGAAGCAGAAUAUGGCCUUCGCCUGGCCAGCCACAUCUUCGUCAAGGACAUCUCACCCGAGAGCCUGGCCGCCAGGGACGGCAACAUCCAGGAAGGAGAUGUGGUGCUGAAGGUGAGGGAGAGCAGGACAAUCAAUGGAACAGUGACGGAGAACCUGUCCUUGAUAGAUGCUAAAAAGUUGAUUGAGAGGUCCAAGGGCAAGUUGAAGAUGGUUGUUCAGAGGGAUGAGAGAGCCACGCUGCUUAACAUCCCUGACCUGGACGACAGCAUCCCCUCAGCUAAUGCUUCGGACAGGGAUGAUAUUUCAGAUGUUCACUCAGUAGCUUCUGAUCACUCGAACCGAUCCCACGACAAGAAGAAAAGCAGUCGCUCUCGCUCUCCAGACCGACGCUCAGAGCCCUCGGACCAUUCGAGACAUUCUCCUCCACAAAUCAGCAAUGGCAGCCACAGGAGUCGUGAUGAGGACCACAUCUCCAAGCCACUCCCUCUUCCUGCUAAAAUGGUGGAGGAGACUCAGAAAGCUUUGGAGCAGUCUGCGCCCAGAGAGGAGAAACAGCUCCCCCCUCUGCCAGAGCCGAAGCCUGUAUAUGCCCAGCCUGGCCAGCCUGAUGUGGACCUACCUGUUAGUCCAGCAGAUGCCCCUGUGCCCAGUGUAACUCACGAUGACAGUAUUCUGCGGCCCAGUAUGAAGCUGGUAAAGUUUAAGAAGGGUGAAAGUGUUGGGCUGCGGCUGGCUGGAGGCAACGAUGUGGGCAUUUUUGUGGCUGGCGUGCUGGAGGACAGUCCUGCUGCUAAAGAAGGCCUCGAAGAGGGAGACCAAAUUCUCAGGGUCAAUAAUGUAGAUUUUGCAAACAUAAUCCGAGAGGAAGCUGUGCUCUUUCUUUUGGAUUUGCCCAAAGGAGAUGAUGUCACUAUUCUGGCUCAAAAAAAGAAGGAUGUGUACCGAAGAAUUGUAGAGUCGGACGUGGGUGACUCAUUUUACAUCAGGACUCAUUUUGAGUAUGAGAAGGAGUCUCCCUAUGGUCUGAGCUUUAAUAAGGGGGAGGUGUUCCGUGUAGUGGAUACGCUGUAUAACGGCAAACUGGGCUCCUGGCUUGCCAUCCGCAUCGGCAAGAACCAUCAGGAGGUGGAGAGAGGAAUCAUCCCUAACAAAAACAGAGCGGAGCAGCUGUCCAGCGUGCAGUAUACUCUACCUAAAACAGCAGGAGGUGACAGGGCGGACUUCUGGAGGUUCCGUGGCCUGCGUAGCUCCAAGAGGAACCUGAGGAAAAGUCGAGAAGAUCUCUCUGCCCAGCCUGUCCAGACCAAGUUCCCUGCUUAUGAGAGGGUUGUUCUCAGAGAAGCUGGUUUCCUGAGACCGGUGGUAGUAUUUGGCCCUAUUGCUGAUCUUGCUCGAGAGAAACUUUCAAGAGAGGAACCAGACAUCUUCGAGCUUGCAAAGAGUGAACCCAGAGACGCAGGCACAGACCAGCGUAACUCUGGAAUCAUCCGUCUUCAUACCAUUAAACAGAUCAUCGAUCGAGAUAAGCAUGCAGUGCUGGACAUCACUCCUAAUGCUGUGGACCGUCUAAACUAUGCCCAGUGGUACCCCAUUGUGGUAUUCCUGAACCCUGACAGCAAACAGGGUGUGAAGAACAUGAGGACCAGGCUCUGCCCCGAGUCUAGAAAGAGUGCCAGAAAACUGUAUGAGCGGGCUCUCAAACUAAGAAAGAACAACCACCAUCUUUUCACCACCACCAUUAAUUUGAACAACAUGAAUGAUGGGUGGUAUGGCGCACUGAAAGAGACCAUCCAGCAGCAACAGAACCAGCUGGUCUGGGUUUCUGAGGGCAAGGCUGACGGAGCUCCAGAGGACGACAUAGACAUCCACGACGACCGUCUGUCGUACCUCUCGGCGCCCGGCAGCGAGUACAGCAUGUAUAGCACAGACAGUCGUCACACAUCUGAUUACGAGGACACUGAUACAGAAGGAGGCGCCUAUACCGACCAGGAGCUGGACGAGACCUUAAACGAUGAGGUGGGCUUACCCAGCGAACCCGCCAUCACCCGCUCCUCAGAACCUGUUCGAGAGGACCCACCGGUCAUCCAGGAUGUGCCGGCUUACCCAGGCUACCAGCACCCAGCUCCCCAGCCUGAACCAAUGAACCACAUUGAGGCAGCUGGAUUCAAGGUGCCUGCUCCCCAGCAGCAGGCUGAGGCUGCUGCGGCCCUGCCCUCCUUCCCCCCUGCAGCAGCAGCAGCAGUGCCCCUUGCUGUUGAGCCCGCCGCACCGCUAGUGGGUACGAAUCCCAAGGAGCCACCUGGCACCGGUCAGGCCGACUCACUAAACCUUCCUGUCCCAGAACCCGAGCCCCAGCCCGAUCCUGAGCCCACUCAGGCCCCAACACACGACCCCCACCAGUCGCUCGCACCCAGCCCACAUCCUAAGAUGUAUAAGAAGGAUCUGUACAGUGUGGAUGAACCUGUGCGAGUGAAUCAUGUUAUGAAGCCCCAACCACCGCAGCCGUCUUUAGCUCCCCCAUCCUCUCUGUCCUACAGUCACCAGCCUGUGUACCAGGACAAACAGCCAUACCGCGAGUACAACCACCCGCCUUACGGCUACGAUGGUGGCGGCUAUGCACAACCAAAGCCUCAUAACUACAACGCGCACCUGCACUAUGACAACCGUGUGCCUCAUUAUGAUGAACAGUGGCCCCACUAUGACCAGCAGACCUCGCCUCAGGCUCCUCCCCCUGUCGGGCCGGGCUAUCCUCAGGGCCACCAGCCUCCCGCUCAUAGCUACGAGCCCCACUCUCCCUACGAGGACGGCCCCACUCGGGAUUAUAGCCCCACUCAGCCCCGCUACGACGAGCAGCCCGCGGUUUACGAUAGCCGGCCACAAAGGCAUAAUAAAGCAGGGCCUGUUCGUUAUGAUGAUCAACCGCCUCCUCCGCCAGUCACAUAUGAUGCUCGCUCUCCUUAUGAGCCAGAAACCCAUGGCUUUCCCAUUAAUAACCCUCGCUCCCCUGACCCUUCGAAACAGUAUUAUGGAGAUGCUUCUGUCAGGCCUGCAUACAACCCAGGCCCACCAAACCGUGCAUACAAAUCAGGGCCACACGAACAUAUGAACUCUGAGCCUGCAGUUCCUCCUCCUAAACCUGAAGUUGUGCUGUCACCAGGGGAGCCAGUACACACUGUAGUUUCUAAAUCUCAGCCUCCACCCAGAGAAGAGCCGGAGGAGGAAGACCCAGCCAUGAAGCCCCAGUCUGUUCUCACCAGGGUUAAGAUGUUUGAGAACAAACGCUCUGUAUCUGUUGAUAGAGCCAAGGAUACCGGAGAUUUACCGGGUGUCAGGCCCACAGAUUUUCCCAAACCUGUAAGUGUACCUGGGCCAGUCCCUAAAACCAACUCUCUCAACAACCUGGAACAGGAGAAGCCUGGAUACAGGGCCCCAGAGCCACAGAAACCCCAGUCUCGGUUAGAAGAAGUGGUCCGCACUAACCACUACGACCCUGAGGAGGAUGAGGACUACUAUAGGAAACAGCUCUCCUACUUUGACCGCCGCAGCUUUGACACCAAGCCCACAAAUCAGCCUGCAGUCAAUCGCUUCCAUGAUCUAAAUAAACCGGCACAGCCUCAGAUUGGGUACCCUUACAACAGGACUGAGCCAGUGGAGAAAAUAAGCCCUAUGGAUAAGAGAUAUGAGCCAAUCCCCCAGAUCAACUCCACACCAACUCCUUAUGGUCAAUCUGGUCCUGCUGUCCCACCCACGUCUCUGCCCAAACUCAACAACACAGAGGUGAACUCUCUGCCAGAUCCCCACAACUCCCCCAAAGCCAAGCCAGAUGUGUCUACUCUUCGGCCUCCUGCCAGGGACGACGUGGUCCAAGGCAACUACCUUUCCCCGAAAUCUCCUGUUAAUGGCGCUGACAUCCCACCCAAGACCUUGGGUGCCCCCGCCACCACCAGCUACAACCGCUACGUCCCUAAGCCAUACACAAGCACCGCCCGACCCUUCGAGCGCAAGUUUGAGAGCCCCAAAUUCAACCACAACCUUCUGCCCAACGACACUCAGUCAAAGCCCACUGUAGUGAACAGUAACCCCAAACCUCAACUCUCACCCCAGCCUCAAGACACAGACAGCGGAGUGGACACCUUCACUCGCACCAUGGACAGCAGAAUCAAAUAUCAGCACAAUAAUGUCAAUUCUAUCCCCAAGGCUAUCCCUGUCAGCCCAAGUGCUCUGGAUGAUGACGAAGACGAUGAAGGACACACUGUGGUCGCCACAGCACGGGGCAUCUUUAACUGUAAUGGUGGGGUUUUAAGCUCAAUAGAGACGGGAGUAAGCAUUAUUAUUCCGCAGGGAGCUAUUCCUGAAAGCGUGGAGCAAGAGAUCUAUUUCAAAGUGUGCAGAGACAACAGCAUCCUGCCUCCACUCGACAAGGAGAAAGGUGAGACUCUGCUCAGUCCUCUGGUCAUGUGUGGACCUCAUGGUCUGAAGUUCCAGAAGCCGGUGGAGCUGCGCUUACCACACUGUGCGUCUAUGACCCCUGAUGGUUGGUCUUUUGCUCUAAAAUCCUCCGACUCCUCGUCGGGUGACCCUAAAUGCUGGCAAAAUAAAUCUCUCCCAGGGGACCCCAACUACCUGGUGGGCGCCAACUGUGUGUCUGUGCUCAUUGACCACUUCUGAGGAGGGGACAGCUGGUCUGUUACUGAAUGGAAAAGUGUUAUUAAAGAACAAGAAGAAGCUUCUUCUCUUCUUCCCCUUUUCACUCCUGCUCAACUCUACAAUUCUUACCUCUUAGUUUGCGGAUAGAGUUUAUUGCGCCCACGAAUUUCCUCGGAGGACAAGUAGAGCACCUCCUCCUGGUGCUGAAUCCCCACUAAACUCAUUCUUUUCUUUCUUUUUUUCGGUGCUUGAAGGCUUGCCAAAAACGAUGGAUUAAAAGAAUUAUUAGAACUGAUGAUAGAAUGCAUGACUGGUGCCACAGACAGACUGAAAUGGUCCUAUUUUGGCGAUUGUCUGAAAAUAAAUGAAAAAAAAUAAGAAUCGAAAUGAUUCAUUUUCUAUGUUGCAAUUCCGUGUAUGUACUCACAAGCAAAAAAGGUGCAGUGUGCAUCACUUUUUUGAUUGUGAAGGCUGGGGUCUUUCUGCAGAUCUGCGUCAUUCUGAGCCUUGUUUUUAAAGGGUUAGAUUGAAGGACGCUAAAGGAUUAUGACAUGAGGAUGUGCUUUUAGAGGAUUGGGACUUUCAUGCUCAUCACUGAUAGACUUUCUCACUGGCUUCAAAAUGGGCUCAAUGUUUCAAACGGUCUUUUUCUAGUGACGUUUUACCAUAGAGGAACACACUGGCAUUGACUUUGGUUUUCCAAAAAAAACUCCUGCUGUCUAGAGAUCUAUGCAUGUGCUACGACUCAGGUCCAGAAACCUGCUACUACGUUCAGAACACCGACUUCCCCAUCGAUACACUGCAAGCAGUGAUGCCUUAUCUGCAUAUUCCAUCCGUUCACCCCAAAACAUGCAAACUUCAGUUACAAUGAGCGAAGUGAUGAAGGAUAUUUAAGUUCAUGUCAGCAUUCUGAAGUCGUUCUGUUAGUGGAUUGGAUUUAGCACAUAAUAAUCGAGGCUAAUGAACAGGUAUGCUUUAUUUUACUGCUAUGCAUAUGAAGUCAAAAGAUAUAGAAACACUAGGAUAUGUUUAAAUUAUGGCUGUAUAUACUGCUGGCAUAUGGCCUUGGUUCGCUGUUCGCUGUAAAUGAUCUUUUGUACAUUUUUUUUUAUUUUAUAUAAAAAAUGGAGGGGAAAAUAAAAAAUGAUCAAAAAGGAA